CCAACUUCCGCAAUCAUGAACAAAGACCUGUCCGUUUGUAUUCUACUGUUCUGUGCUGUUCUGCAAGCACACACAGACAACCAAACCGUACAGUAUUACGUUGAUUUAAUUUCAGAAGCUUAUGAAAAUGGUCUAACGUACGUAUUCCCCACUAGCGCUUAUGAAUAUUACUCUGAUACGAUCCCCAAAAAAUAUGGCACUUUUGACUUUGUGGUGAUUGGCUCAGGGGCCGCUGGUUCAGUCGCCGCCAGUCGCUUAAGCGAAAUAAACAAAUGGAGCGUUUUAGUCCUCGAAGCAGGAACAUUUUGGAACAAUUUCUCCGACAUUCCAAACAUGUACGAACCGAUCGCAUUCACCCAUUUCAACUGGGAAUUCAACAGCACCCCUCAAACCACCGCCUGCUUGGGACUUGUGAACCAAAUUUGCAAUUAUCCUCGCGGCAAAGGCGUCGGGGGCUCAACCCUAAUCAACGGCUUGGUGUACGCCCGAGGCCACAAAAGCGACUUCGACAAGUGGGGCAAAGUGGCCGGAAACAGGCGCUGGUCGUACGAAACCGUUUUAAAGUACUUCAAAAAGUCGGAAAAUUUCGUAUAUCGGGACGCUGACGCGCCCUACGAGCCCCCAUAUCACGGGGAAGGGGGCGAUUUGCAGGUGGAGUACCACCUGCCAAGGAGUCCACAGCUGAAUGCGUGGCUUGAGGCUAAUAGAGAACUGGGGUACGAAAUUGUUGAUUACAAUGCCAAUCGACUGGGGGCUUCCCCUUCACAGUUGAAUACAAGGAAUGGGCGGAGGGAUGACGAUGGACAGGCGUUUUUACGACACGCUAGGAAACGACGCAAUUUGAAGAUUUUGACCGGGAGUUACGUUACGAAGAUUCAAAUAGAGAAAGAAAGUGCAAAUGGGGUCGAGUUCACACACAAGGGGAAGAAUUAUUACGUGGAGGUGCGAAAGGAAGUGAUUCUUUCAGCUGGGGUGUUCGGGACGCCCCAAAUUUUGAUGUUGUCGGGCGUUGGGCCUAGAAAACACCUUGAAGAAAAAGGAAUUGAAGUAAUCAAGGAUUUAGAAGUUGGAAGUACGCUACGUGAUAAUCCAACUUUUUACGGUCUAAACUACGGAACGAAUUACACUGAACCGAUUCGGCCUUUGGCUGAUUACGUUAAGGAGUAUUUGAACGGUGUUGGCCCUUUGGCAAUCCCGGGAAGUACCCAAGGAGUGGGUUUUUACGAAUCAAGUUACUCCAAAGGUACGGGAAUCCCCGACAUUGAAUUAAUGAUCGCAGUGGCCAAUGCAACAGACCAGCUAACACAAAGGUACUUUAGUCUCACUGAUCAAACGUAUGAAGACGUUUGGAAGUACAAUAACAUCCCCCAAACUUUCAUCUUCCACGUUGUUAAUUUACACGCGCAAUCGUCGGGGAGUGUCAGACUUAAAAGUAAAAACCCCUUUGAAUACCCCGUGAUCAAUUCGAAUUUUUUAUCAGAUCCUGAAAGUCGGGACAUUAACACUUUGUACGAAGGCAUACAAAUUUGUCUGAAAAUGGGCGAAACUAAAGCAAUGAAGGCCAUCAAUGCAACGUUGCAAGGAGGGCCCUUAAGGGCGUGCAAAAGAUAUCAAUAUUUGUCCAAGGACUAUUGGUAUUGUGUUCUGAGACAGAUUACUGUGAACCUUUACCACCCUUUGGGGAGUUGUCCGAUGGGGAAGGAUCCGAAAAAAGGGGCAGUUGUGGAUUCGGAAUUGAGGGUUUUUGGGAUAAAGAAGUUAAGGGUUGCGGAUGCAAGUGUUUUUCCGUUUGCGUUAGCGGGGCAUCCGAAUGCGCCGACUGUUAUGGUGGGAGAGCAGUUGGGGGAUUUGGUCAAAAGGGCCCAUGGGGUCGAUGGUAAUUUGAUUGCUUGAUUUUGAAUAAAAACCAAACCUCAAACAAUCAUCCAUUUUAUACGAAUACUCUGAAAAAACUCGUAGUGUGUCUUUGAUUACACUUUCAAUUUUUUACAAUGGUGGAUGCGCCGGGUCAACCUAUGAAAUUGACACCAAUCAGUGCAAAAAAUAAGAAUAAAAGAAAAAAUCUGUAAUUUUUGAUUUUUUAAAAGUUUUAAAUCAAACUUUUUUUGUGGUGCUUUGGGAUUUGUUAUUGACGUAAUUAAUAAAUUGUUAAAUAUUGAA